AUGGGCACUGCCAGGUUGCGCAUGCUGCAGCUGCUACUCCUGCUGGGCGCUUGGCGGGCACGAGGAGGUGCCCCGCGAUGUCGCGUCAAGCUGGUACUGUCCCCGCAGAAGGCGACGGGCGCGGUCUGCGGGAACGCCGACGCCUCCCACGACGGCGAGCUGGCCGCGCUGCGCAUGCGCGUGGGCCGCCAGGAGGAGCUGCUGCGCGCGCUGCAGAGGCGCGCGGCCGAGGGAGGCGCGCUCGCGGGCGAGGUGCGCGCGCUGCGUGAGCAGAGCCACGGCCUGAACGCGCGCCUGGGGCAGCUGCGCGCGCAACUGCAGCCGGAGGCGGAGCCUGACCCGGGGGCGGAGCCUGCUGCCGCGCUCAGUCUGCUCGCGCAGCGCGCGCUGCACGCCGAGGCCGAGGCGCGCCGGACGGCGGCGCUCCUGCAGCAGCUGGACGCGCAACUCCGCGAGCAUGCGCAGCUCGUGAGCCAGCAUAGCCGCCUCCUGGGCCGCCUGCAGCGCGCGUGCGCCGACCCGGAUCGGGGCCAGCAGCAGGUCCUGCCAUUGCCUCUAGUGCCUUUGGUUCCUCUGAAUCUAGUGGGCAGUGCUGGCAACACCAGCAGGAGGCUGGACGGAACCCCAGAGAACCGGAGAGAUCAGAACUUGAGGCAGCAGGAGCUCCUGUCUCCUCCCCCACCUACUGGGCAUCUUGCUGUUUCCACCAGGCCAGUGGGUCCAUGGAGGGACUGCGCAGAGGCUCACAGGGCAGGUCACAGGCAGAGCGGAGUGUAUGAGCUGCGGCUGGGCCGUCGCCUGGUAUCUGUGUGGUGUGAGCAGCAGCGGGAAGGUGGAGGCUGGACGGUUAUCCAGCGGCGGCAAGAUGGCUCAGUCAAUUUCUUCACCAACUGGCAGCACUACAAGGCAGGCUUUGGGCGGCCAGACGGGGAAUACUGGCUGGGCUUGGAACCCGUGCAUCAGGUGACCAGCCGUGGGGACCAUGAGCUGCUGGUACUCCUAGAGGACUGGGGGGGCCGUGGGGCACGCGCCCACUAUGACAGCUUCUCCUUGGAGCCUGAGAGUGACCACUACCGUCUGCGGCUUGGCCAGUACCACGGCGAUGCCGGAGAUUCCCUCUCCUGGCACAACGACAAACCUUUCAGCACUGUGGACAGGGACCGAGACUCCUAUUCUGGUAACUGUGCCCUGUACCAUCGUGGGGGCUGGUGGUACCACGCCUGUGCCCACUCCAACCUUAAUGGUGUGUGGUACCAUGGAGGUCACUAUCGGAGCCGCUACCAAGACGGGGUCUACUGGGCCGAGUUCCGCGGUGGGGCGUACUCUCUGAAGAAGGCUGUUAUGCUGACCCGGCUUGUGCGGUUGUGACUGCCCCUUUAGUA